AUGGCACCACGACAAUAUACUUGCCGCGCAAAUGAGUCAAGCGAUAAACUGCCGGAGAUAUAUUGCCGGGGUUUCCUUUCGCAGUUAAUCGACGACAUCAAGGGAUUACGGUAGCUUCAAACCGGGAACAGGCUCACCCUGAUCCUAAGUACGUCCGGUCAUGAUGGCAUGGAAGCUUAUAAAAUUUCUGGAAACAAUACCUUGAUCGGAAAACACCGGCUGGCAGUUGUGUUUGUAACGCACGUAUAAGAAUCAUCAACGGGCAUAAAGCAACCUCUGGAGGAAAUCGGCGAAAUCGGUUCGUUAACGGGAGCCCUGUUAAUCGUCAACACGGUGUCCUUAAAUGGAGAACCGUUCUUCAUGAACGCCUGGGAAGUGGAUACGACGUACGCCGACAUGAGUAGCCAGAAGGUCUUCGGUACACCUUCAGGACUGUCGCCCGUCUCCUUUAGUCCGCGCUCGAAGAAAAAGAUAUUCCGAAAGACAAAGCAAUCUGCUUACUAUUACGAUGUGGGAAUCCUCGGCAAUUGUUAGAAUUGUUUAAUGCGUCACGACGCGCGUUAU